UGUGGUUUUUGUUUGGGGUUUUCUACGGGACAGGGAGAGUCCAGGCUGCAGAAGUCAACGAGUCUGUUGUCGAAUGGCUUCGUUGGAGCGCCAGAGUUUGUCCUACAAUUCACUAAAACUUUGUUUCUAGUGAAUUGUCAGAGGUGCCCUGACCCUACAAGGUUGCUGGAACUCCAUCAUAGACAAGCAGGACAGCCAGGCUGACCACAAAAUGAACGAUUCACAAAAAAACCCUGAAAAGAAGCAACCUCUCACAACCUGCCUGUUCAGCGCAGCCUUCUUCGGGGCACUGGGCUCAUCUUUUCUUUACGGCUAUAACCUCUCUGUGGUCAAUGCACCUGCUUCGUACAUUAAAGAUUUCUACAAUAAGACCUGGAUGGAGAGAUAUGAGGAACCUAUUCCUCCAGAAACUUCCACUCUUUUGUGGUCGGUAACUGUGUCCAUAUUUGCCAUCGGAGGCCUUCUUGGAACUCUGUCGGUCUCUUCGAUUAUUAAAGUUGCUGGGCGAAAAGGAACCUUGCUGCUGAAUAACUGCUUUGCUGUGACGGCUGCUUUGUUGCUGUCGCUGGGUGAGAUUUCAAGAUCUUUCGAGAUGCUCAUCAUCGGCCGGAUCGUUAUGGGCGUGAACUCAGGUAUAUCACUGAGCGUCCUCCCCAUGUACCUGGGAGAGAUUUCCCCUAAACAUAUCAGAGGCUCCAUUGGCCAGUUCAACUCCAUCCUGAUCUGCUUGGGCGUGUUCACAGGACAAGUGUUGGGUCUACCUGAGCUCUUGGGUCAGGAGUCCAGGUGGAACUACCUGUUUUCUUUCCUGGCAUUUCCAGCAGUGCUGCAGCUGUGUGUCCUACCCUUCCUCCCCGAGAGUCCCCGCUACCUGCUGAUGGAGAAGAAGGACGAGGCAGGAGCAGAGAGAGCUUUUCAGAAGUUUUUGGGGAAGACGGAUGUGUCCCAGGAGCUGGAAGAAGUCCACGCGGAGGCACGAGCUCAGGACAACCUGAACACAGUCUCUGUGUUGCAGCUGCUGAGGAGCCCAGCUGUUCGCUGGCAGCUCUUCACCAUCGUCAUCACUAUGGCUUGCUAUCAGCUCUGCGGACUCAACGCUAUCUGGUACUACACUAAUGGGAUCCUGCGGGAAGCAGGGUUUGCAGAGCACUUACUCCCCUACGUCACCCUGAGCACGGGGGCUACAGAGACUCUGGCCGCCAUCUUCUCUGGCCUGGUGAUUGAGCGGAUUGGGAGAAGACCCCUCCUUAUCUUUGGUUUCUCCUCCAUGGCUGUAUUCUUCAGCCUGCUGACAAUUUUCCUCAACUUCCAGGACAGUUUUUCAUGGAUGCCAUAUCUCAGUUACAUCUGCAUACUGGCCGUCAUCGCAGGCUUUUGCUCGGGACCAGGUGGCAUCCCAUUUAUCCUGACUGGAGAACUGUUUGAACAAUCCUACAGACCUGCUGCUUUCAUGAUCGCUGGUAUUGUGAAUUGGUUGUCCAACUUUGCCGUGGGCCUCUUAUUCCCCUUCAUUCAAGAAAAGCUGCAGUCAUUUGCCUUCCUGGUGUUUGUGGUGGUCUGCACCCUGGGAUCCAUCUACCUCUGCGCUGUCCUCCCAGAAACCAAAAACAAAACCUUUAUGGACAUCAGCCAGAGCUUCGCUAAAAUCAACAAAAUGCCAGAGCCUUCACCUGGCCAGGAGAUGGAACUGGUCCUGUCCAUCAAGCCCGAGAACGAGAAAGCGGCAGAUGUCACAAAGACAGAGAGCUUCUGAGCUGACGAGCAACAUUAAUUAUGGAAAGAACCGGGGCAAGAUAUGAGAGUUUAAGAGGGAAAUGUUUUUAUAUAUUUAUUUGAUUGUUUUUCUUAAUGAAGCUGAAAUGUAUACUGUUUGUAUGUUUUGUAGGACUAGGAUUUUCAAGAAAACUACAGUAUUACAAAACUAUUUCUAUUUCUUUCUUAAUAAAUGAGGUAAAUGAUCGG